UAGGGUGUGAGGGAAGGUUUGGGGUGUGAAGGAGGUUGGGGUGUGAAGAUGAGAGAAAGUUAGAGGGAACUUGAGUGAGAACAAAGACAUUCUGGAGGUCCAUACAUGAAAGAAUUCAAUCCCGGCUCUGCUUAACCAAUUCAAUCAAACUACAGCCGUGCAGCGGUCAGGAGGAUGGACUGGUUCCACUGCAACAAGUGCUAUCAGAAGCCAACGGACACCGUCGGCUUCAGCAUCUCCAGCUGCCAGCACAUCCUCUGCCACCGGUGCAUCGGGCGAGAUAAGUGUAACGUCUGUGGAUCAGCCUGCAAGCAUUUGCCUCUGUCAGACAACAUGGCGGCCCACGAGCGAAUGUACUUCAGGAAGCCGUCGGACAUCUGUCGGAGAUACCUGGAGCACAUCGCGCAGGUGACCAAAUUCCAGAGGAAGCAGGCUGAGCUUCUCCUUUCCUUCUAUAAGCACAAGCUUUCUAAAAUGGAGGCAGCUCUGGAGGAGGCCCAGAGCAAAAUCCGAACACAGGAGAAGGAGUCGGCAGCACUGAAGAACCAAGUCAGCGACAUGAAGAGGAUGUUGACUCUCACUAAGGUUUCACCCAACGUCAGCCAGCUCAGAAGGUCCACAACACCGCGACCCGUCGCCAUCACCUCUCCCUCCAGCAGGGUCACACCGAAACAACCGCCUCAGGGCACCGGGCCUCCUCACAGUGGGACCGCCACUGCCAGCAGCAGACCUGAGCUAAUGGCGCAAGUGACUGGGAGCAGCGUCUCAAGGUCCGGAGGGCUGCUGGUGUCCAGGGGGAGCUCUGUGACCUCGGGGAGGAGCACGCCGCGAGAUGUCUCCAUGAGUUCACCUUCUGCAGGGUCUGGAGACAGUUUAGCAUACAGGUCCCUGGGCAGGACCCCGACCCUGAGCGGGGGAUGGGACCUCUCACAGGCUCUGGGGCUCAGAGAUCCUGGGCUGACCCCUCACAGUGCGGCUCGAACACCAAUUGGGGCCUACACCAACCCGCUGCAGCUCGUCGGACCGAACGGCGGCGGCCGUCAGACGCCUUCUGCGAGCGGAGAGGCUCGCCGGCAGAUCCAGCUGAACACCACGCCACGGAUGGUCAUCUUCCGUCAGCCAUCUGUGCCACCGUCCAGAAGUGCAGCGACGUGAGAGGCAGGGUGCGUGGGGAAGCCGGGGACCGCAGCCCACGUGGACCGGGGACAGGCAGGGGAAAACCCAUCUCGCUGGGUGCUCCACCAGGCAGGAUGACACCAAUUAAAGAUGUUUACGUGAA